AGCAAUCGCUGAAGCUCCCUUAUCUUAAGAGAUUAGGGCAAAUCAAAUUGCCUCCAGAGAUAUGGAGUCCCCAUCUCACAAAUCAAGCACCCACGAGUCUGGUUCGAUCUCUGCUCCAUGCUUCCAAGGAAUUAGAAAUGUUAGAGAAAUCAAAACUGUGGAGUCAUACUCAGGAUGUGGCCUGCAUCACUAGAAGAAUAAACCUCCUAUCCCUCCUCUUCCAUGAACUCAACGAUAAAGACGUUGUCAUACCUCCUUCGGCAACGGCGAGUCUGAGAGAGCUCCUGACGGUCAUAAACAAGACCAAAGACAUAUUACAAGACACGACCACAAGCUGCUUAUGGGACAUCAUGGAGGCCGGCUCUGUGUCGCGGCGGUUGCAGGAAAUCACGAGGGACAUGGCCAAGGCGCUGGAGAUGCUGCCACUUGGGUUACUGUCCGUGUCAAGGGAGGUCGGGGAUCAUGUGGAAUUGGUUAGAAUACAUGUCAGAAGCACUCCCGAGCUAGACAAGUAUGAGUCGAACCUGAUACGUGAGUUGGAAGAGGCCGUGGAAAGGUUGGAGAGGAAGGAAAAAGGUGCGCCACCGGAUUUGGAGAGGCUGAGGGGCCUCUUCCUCUGUCUCGGUCUUGAUAGCCUCUCUAAAUGCAGAGACGAGAUCAAGAAACUGCAAUACCAGAUCUCACUGCAGGCCGGCACAGAUGCCGCACCUUAUGCCAUGGAGAGAUUAGGGAGCUUGAUUGGUCUCGUGAUCCACGUCAAAUCGGUCUUUUUCCAAAGAGAAGAAGAGGAAGUGGAAGAAGAUGAUUGUGAACGGGUGCCAUGUUCCCCUUCCUUCAGGGACGCGGUGGCGUCGGGCUUGGGUUCGGUAACUAGACCUUUAGUGGGCAAGGAGAAAGAUGAUGGUUCUUGGAAUGUCCCUGAGGAGUUGAAGUGCCCGAUAUCGUUGGAUCUGAUGAGAGAUCCGGUGAUUGUGGAAUCAGGACACACAUACGACCGCACCUCCAUCUCUGAAUGGCUUGACUCGGGCCACUCCACCUGCCCUCUCAGCGGCCAGAAGCUCCCGCGGCAGCCUCCUCUCAUCCCCAAUUACGCAAUCCGGAGCCUCGUUAGCCAGUGGUGUGACCGUCACAACGUGCCCUUUCAUCUCAACAACGCCGCCGCCGUCGGAGACGAUACCGUGAAAAUGACUGCGGCUUUCUUGGUAGGAAAGCUCGCGACGGGGUCUCCCCAAGUACAGACGCAGGCGACUUACGAGCUCCGUCUCCUGGCCAAGCGCAGAACGGAAAUCCGCCAGUGUAUAGCUGAGGCCGGGGCAAUCCCUUUUCUGGUUCCUCUCUUAUCUUCAACUUCAGAUUCUAGGGCUCAGGAAAACGCUGUCACUGCGCUUCUGAAUCUUUCCAUCAACGACAACAAUAAGGCUCUCAUAAUGGCUGCGUCGGGUGCCGUGGAUGCCAUUGUGGGAGUGGUGCAACAGGGAGGCACUAUGGCUGCUCGAGAGAACGCUGCUGCCUUGAUUUUUAGUCUCUCUGUGGUGGCCGAUUACAAGGUCAUCAUUGGCUCCAAGCCUGCGGCCAUUCCUGCGCUGGCGACCCUUCUUCGAGAAGGUAACUGUAGAGGUAAAAAGGACGCUGCUACUGCUCUUUAUAACCUUUCAGUUUACAAGACCAACAAGGACGCUGUUUUGAAAGCCGGUGUAGUUGGUAUGCUGUUGAAUAUGGUUGUGGAAAGAAGUGACGAAGAGAAGGAAAGCGCGACCGUAAUAGACGAUGCUCUCGCGCUACUAUCCCUUCUGGCGGGCUGUGCUGAAGGGUUGAACGAGAUUUUGGGCAGUGAGAAGCCGGUUAUUCCUACUUUGAUUGAUUUGGUCAGUGUGGGAUCGGACAGAGGAAAAGAGAACGCCAUUGCAGUGUUGACAGCCAUGUGUCACAGCGGCGGGGAGACUAUGGUAACAAGGUUAGCAGAGAACAUUAUUCUACUCCUGCAAAUGGUAACGUCCACUGGUUCAUCUCGAUCGAAAAGAAAAGCCGCCUCGCUUCUCAAACUCCUCACGGCUCGCCCCUCACAGUCCCCCACUGCAAACCGGUAAUUUCCUAUACAUUAAUUUCAUGUUACCGAACGACCAUAGGAAGAAAUUUACCAAAUGGGUGGAACUGGAGUGUUGUAAAAGAUUAGUUGUUUCUGACUCAGCUACAGCUGCCUGUAUUUAAUCAUUAAACAGAGUGACGGGAGGCAAUGAGCAUUAAAUCUAUAGGCAACUUGGUCUUUGCCUGUUGCAGAGACAGUUUCCAAGGUUCGGUUCCCAAAAUAUUAUAAAUAGUUUUAAUCGUUCCACAAAUUGUGGAGGAGUAGUUGAAAUAAAUAGUAGAAAAUUUAUUUCAACG